CGAAGUGGCGUGAACGCGCGCGGCGAAGGCGUGGAGUUGAGGAUCGGUCGGGGGGGAAGAGGACAGGAAAGGCUGCGUGCACACACGUCACAUAGAAGAAGGGAAAAUAGAAGGGGAAAAAACAACAAAGACACUUGGCGAUGUUUCAUUUCCACCCUUGUUUGGUCACUCUUACCCAGCCUGUCGUUCUCCUCAGCAGCCCCGCUUCCUCUCCGGCGCCCUCGGCGAGUGGUCUCCGCCAGCAGCCAGCAGCCUCGCCGCCGCCGCCGCCGCCCGGGGCCGCACUGGCGCCACUUAGCGCCGACACGCAGCAGCAGCAAGGCGGGUAGAGACACUCCAGUCGCUGCGGAGAAGCGCUGCCAUUGUCGCCUCUCUCGGCUCCCGUAGCCCGGCUGCCUUCACGCGGCAUAGCGAGCCACUCAGCGUGGGGGUUUGUGUUAGCCACACUCGGGCUUUUACUUAACGAACCCAUGGGACCCGUCACCCGAUAGUCCCCGCUUCUCUUCCUCUAACCCUCCGGGUUAGGGGAAAUCGCCUGAUUAGCCACACGGACGAGGAGGGGGGCUCCGGCCGGAUUCCUCCCAGCGGGUGCUUCGGUGUCCCCCGCUGCCGCUCCGAGAGACCCCCGAAGCCGAGACUCGCUCCCCGAACAUGGCAGGGAACCUGAAGAAAGGCGGGGGGCUCAUCGGCAUGAUGAAGGACGCCUUCCAGCCGCACCACCACCACCUUCACUCGCACCACCAACCCGGGGCCGUGGACAAGAAGACGGUGGAGAAGUGCUGGAAGCUGAUGGAUAAGGUGGUGCGUUUGUGCCAGAACCCCAAGUUGGCCCUGAAGAACAGCCCCCCAUACAUACUGGACCUGCUGCCAGACACGUACCAGCACCUGCGCACAAUCCUGUCCCGCUACGAAGGCAAAAUGGAGACCCUGGGAGAGAACGAGUACUUCCGAGUGUUCAUGGAGAACCUGACCAAGAAAACCAAGCAGACCAUCAGUCUGUUCAAGGAGGGCAAAGAGCGGAUGUACGAGGAGAACUCGCAACCCAGGCGGAACCUCACCAAGCUGUCGCUGAUCUUCAGCCACAUGCUGGCCGAGCUGAAGGCCAUCUUCCCCAACGGUCUGUUUCAGGGCGACAACUUCCGCAUAACCAAAGCGGACGCGGCAGAAUUCUGGAGGCGUGCCUUCGGGGACAAGACCAUCGUGCCUUGGAAGGUGUUCCGUCAGUCCCUCCACGAGUUCCAUCCUAUCAGCUCAGGCCUGGAGGCCAUGGCCCUCAAGUCCACCAUCGAUCUCACCUGUAACGACUACAUCUCCGUUUUUGAGUUUGACAUCUUCACCAGGCUUUUCCAGCCCUGGUCGUCACUGUUGCGGAACUGGAACAGCUUGGCAGUUACUCAUCCAGGCUACAUGGCCUUCCUCACUUAUGACGAAGUCAAAGCGCGGCUGCAAAAGUUCAUUCACAAACCCGGCAGUUACAUCUUUAGACUGAGCUGCACCCGUCUGGGCCAGUGGGCCAUCGGCUACGUGACGGCGGAUGGAAACAUUCUCCAGACCAUUCCUCACAAUAAACCUCUCUUCCAGGCCCUCAUUGAUGGCUUCAGGGAAGGAUUCUAUUUAUUCCCUGAUGGCCGACCUCAAAAUCCAGACCUGACAGGACUUUGCGAACCUUCCCCUCAAGACCACAUCAAAGUCACUCAGGAGCAGUAUGAGCUCUACUGUGAGAUGGGCUCCACCUUCCAGUUAUGCAAGAUCUGUGCAGAGAAUGACAAGGAUGUGAAGAUUGAGCCUUGCGGUCAUCUCAUGUGCACUUACUGCCUCACGGCAUGGCAGGAAUCGGAGGGUCAAGGCACGGGCUGCCCAUUCUGCCGCUGCGAGAUUAAAGGUACCGAGCCCAUCGUGGUGGAUCCCUUUGACCCCAAGGACAACAGCGGGGGCUCUUGCAGGGGCAUGUUCGGAGCCGAGGGAGCGCCGUCGCCCAGCUAUGACGACGACGACGACGACCGGCUCGAAGACCCUCACCUUAUGAUGAGCAAACUCGCUUGUACAAAGGUAGAACGCCCCCCAUCGCCAAUGUCCAUAGCUCCUCACUCCUCCCUUCCACCUGUGCCGCCCAGACUAGACCUGCUUACACACAGACCCCCCAACCUGCCUGGCGCUUCCAGUCCUGGAGUCACUAAUAAGGUAGCGUCUCAUCACAAAGACAAGCCACUCCCUCUCCCCCCAGCACUGAGGGAUCUCCCCCCGCCCCCGCCCCCCGACCGCCCUCACUCAGCCAUGCCGUGCUCGGAGGCACGCGUGCAGAGGCGGCCCUUGCCGUGCACGCCCUGCGAACUCCCGCCGGCGCCCCCGAACCGGCCGCCUGCCGACUGGAGCUCCCGGCCCGUCCUAAAAGCCCUGACUUCCUCCUCCUCCUCGUCAUCCGCCUCCUCUUCUAUGUCCAGUCAGGUCUCUAUUGUGGAUCUUCGUGCAGGUGUCAGGGAGCUCUCCAACCGACACUCCCUCCCUCUGGCCCUGCCCUCGGCUCUGGACAUGCGCACGGACCCACAGAAGAACAACUCCACGAGUUUGGACCAUCAGCUGAACUUUUCGUCGGUGGUGGGUCAGGACUACGACAACAACAAAGUCAAGCCGUCAUCUUCUGCCAAUGCCAUCUACUCCCUGGCAAGCAGGCCGCCUUCAGCGCUAAGGCCACUGGCAGCCGAGGAGGCCCACGACAGUGAGGAAGAGUCCGACUACAUGAUCCCAUCCUCUCGCCCCCUCCUGUUGCCCAUCACUACGCCGCCGAUAGGAGAGAACCCUCCAAUCCCGAGACCUCUACAGCCUCAGCCUAGGUCCACCCUGACUGACACGGAGGACGGGCCGCCAAUGUACGAGGCCAUGUACAACAUCCAGGCUGGGCAGGAGCAAGCCGGGGAUUCAGAUUAUUCCGAGCUGCCCCCUCAGCCUGUGACUAAUGGCCCCAGGGAGCACUCGGUCCAAGACGGGGAGGACGAGGACAACAGCUACGACUUCCCCAAACCCCGAUUGCCAAUGCCGCCCAACCGAAGGAGCCUAUCAGAACUGGGAGGAUCGUCCUCGUCCACUUCGUCCUCCUCGUCCAGCUCGUCAUCCGGAGCAGCUUGUGCGUCGGAGCCCGCCGAAGCCCCGGAAAGACCCCCCAAGCCUCUCCCCAGACGCAUCAACUCAGAGCGCCGCCACAGCCCCGUGCCAGCCCCGCCCGUCUGCGGUGCGACGGGCGGGGGAGGAGCCGUGAGCAGCGAGGUGGAGCGGCUGAUGAGCGAGGGCUACUCUCAGCAGGACAUCCAGAAGGCACUGAUGAUUGCACAGAACAAUAUGGAGAUGGCCAAGAACAUCCUGAGGGAGUUUGUCUCCAUCCCCUCCACCGCACACAUCCUCACAUAGCGCUCACCUGGCCAGGGUCCUCUCUUCAAGGUCGGCCUGACCUUCUCCUGGUGCUCAGUCCUCGACACGCUAAAACUCUCAUGGCGCCUUUUUAACUGGCUGCCAUCUUUUUCAGCCAGCCUUCACCUCGCAACUUCAACUGCUUCUUUUGCUUCUCCUUCGUCAAGGAGCAUCUCAGCAGACUCCAGGACAUGGCCGCACUCUGGAAGAUCCUUGCGGGAAAAUGUAAGCAACUCCUGGCAAAUAAAGCGUACGUCUAUAUGAAAGUUUAA